GUUACUCUCUUUCCCGACACGGUGAGAGCCACAGGACUCACGCUGUUCUCCUGUACACCCACGCACACACUCUGAGAGCCAGAGAGAGAGAGAGAGAGAGAGAGAGAGAGAGAGAGAGGUGAAGCAAGGACAGGGUGAGAGAGGAUUUUUGUGUGAAGGACAAAGAAACGGUAGAGGGAUAGACAAGCGAAUAUUGUGUUUUCUCUAUUGGAGCUGCAGACACUGCUGGGAGAAGAGGAGAGAUCAGGAUGGCAGAAGGAGGAGAGGGAGAGGAGGAGAUUCAGUUCCUCCGCACUGAUGACCAGGUUGUGUUGCAGUGCACAGCAUCUGUCCUGAAGGAACAGAUUAAAUUGUGUCUGGCCUGCGAGGGCUUUGGCAACAGACUUUGUUACCUGGAAACCACCUCCAAUGCCCAGAACUGUCCUCCAGACCUGGCCGUAUGUUCCUUCAUCCUGGAGCAGUCCCUGUCUGUCCGGGCAUUACAGGAGAUGCUGGCCAACAGAGUGGACAUGAGCGAGUCGUCCCAGGGAGGAGGUCAUCGCACCCUGCUGUAUGGCCAUGCUAUCCUGCUACGACACAACCACUCUAGCAUGUAUCUGAGCUGCCUGACAACAUCUCGUUCGCUGACAGACAAGCUGUCCUUCGAUGUGGGACUGCAAGAAGACAGCGUAGGCGAGGCGUGUUGGUGGACCAUCCACCCCGCAUCCAAACAGAGGUCAGAGGGCGAGAAGGUCAGGGUGGGAGACGACCUUAUCCUUGUCAGCGUCUCCUCAGAAAGAUACCUGCAUUUGUCCUAUGCCAGUGGUGAUCUGAUGGUGGAUGCAUCCUUCAUGCAGACGUUAUGGAACAUGAACCCUCUGUGUUCGGGCUGCGAGCUGGCAGAGGGCUUCCUGGCUGGUGGCCAAGUUCUCAGACUGUUCCACGGUCAUAUGGACGAAUGCUUGGCCAUCUCCAUGCCUGACGACGGAGAAGAUAAGCGCAGCACCGCCCACUAUGAGGGAGGAGCUGUGUGUAGCCAGGCCCGUUCUCUGUGGAGACUGGAGCCUCUGAGAAUAAGUUGGAGCGGCAGCCACAUGAAGUGGGGCCAGUCGUUUCGAAUCCGCCACAUCACCACCGGGCGAUACCUCUGUCUGGACGAGGAGAAGGGGCUGAUGGUUCUGGAUGCCGAGAGGGCCAACACCAAAGUGUCUGCUUUCAGCUUCCGUGCAUCAAAGGAGAAGGUUGACCUGGCCCGUAAACGUGACGUGGAGGGGAUGGGCAUCCCGGAGAUCAAGUACGGAGAGUCUAUGUGCUUCGUUCAGCAUGUCUCUUCCAGCCUGUGGUUGACAUACGCCUCCCUGGACGCCAAGGCUGCCCGCCUUGGGACAGUGAAGAGGAAGGCCAUUCUGCACCAGGAGGGUCACAUGGACGAUGCCCUGUCGGUGGCACGCUCCCAGACCGAGGAGUCUCAGGCUGCCAGGAUGAUCUUCAGCACCACCGGACUCUUCCGGCAGUUCAUCAAGGGUCUGGACUCCCUGCAGGGGAAGAACAAGUCCCCUGGCCCGGUCUCCCUCCCCCUGGAUGGGGUGAUACUCUCCCUGCAGGACUUGAUUUUCUAUUUCCGCCCCCCCGAGGAAGAGCUGGAACAUGAGGAGAAACAGACCAAGCUUCGCUCUCUCCGCAACCGUCAGAACCUCUUCCAAGAGGAGGGUAUGAUCACCAUUGUGCUUGAGUGUAUCGAUCGCCUGAACGUCUACAACACGGCUGCCCACUUCUCAGAGUUCGCUGGAGAGGAGGCUGCAGAGUCUUGGAAGGAGAUUGUCAACCUGCUUUAUGAACUGCUAGCAUCUCUGAUCAGGGGGAAUCGUUCCAACUGUGCUCUGUUCUGUGAUAACCUGGACUGGUUGGUCAGUAAGUUGGACCGACUGGAGGCGUCUUCAGGUAUCUUGGAGGUGUUGCACUGUGUCCUGAUUGAGAGUCCUGAGGUUCUGAAUAUCAUACAGGAGAACCACAUCAAGUCCAUCAUCUCUCUUCUGGACAAACAUGGCAGGAACCACAAGGUGUUGGAUGUCCUCCGUUCUCUUUGUGUAUGUAACGGUGUAGCUGUGAGGUCCAAUCAGAACCUCAUCACAGAGAAUCUAUUUCCAGGUCGUGACCUCUUGCUGCAGACCAACAUUAUCAACUAUGUAACCAGCAUGAGGCCCAACAUCUUCCUGGGUACCUGCGAAGGAUCCACUCAGUACAAAAAGUGGUACUUCGAGAUGAUGGUGGACUACGUGGAACCCUUCCUAACUGCCACGCCCAAUCACCUGCGUGUGGGCUGGGCCCUGACCGAGGGGUUCUCGCCAUACCCCGGGGGUGGGGAGGGGUGGGGGGGCAACGGGGUGGGCGAUGACCUGUACUCCUACGGCUUUGAUGGACUCAACCUGUGGUCAGGCCAUGUCCCCCGCCAGGUGGCCUCGCCCAAUCAGCAUGCUCUGGCCGCUGACGACGUUGUGUCGUGCUGUCUGGAUCUGAGCGUGCCCAGUAUCUCGUUCCGGAUCAACGGACACCCCGUCCAGGGAAUGUUCGAGAACUUCAAUGUUGACGGACUGUUCUUUCCCGUCGUCAGCUUCUCUGCUGGGGUCAAAGCUCGUUUGCUGCUGGGCGGUCGUCAUGGAGAAUUUAAGUUCCUGCCACCGCCAGGCUAUGCUCCGUGUUACGAGGCGUUAUUACCACGAGAGAGAAUGAGGAUCGAGCCCAUCAAGGAGUACAAACACGACUUUGACGGAGUCCGAAAUCUGCUGGGGCCAACCCAGUCCCUCACACACACCUCCUUCACUCCCAAUCCUGUAGACACCGCCCAGAUCGUGCUGCCGCCUCACCUGGAGCGGAUCAGGGAGAAACUGGCAGAGAACAUCCACGAGCUGUGGGCCAUCACUCGCAUCGAGCAGGGCUGGACCUACGGAGGAUUCAGAGAUGACAAUAAGAAGCUUCAUCCCUGCCUGGUGGACUUCCAGAGCCUUCCGGAACCUGAGAGGAACUACAACCUGCAGAUGUCCGGAGAAACACUCAAGACUCUGUUGGCGCUGGGCUGCCAUGUGGGUAUGGGGGAUGAAAAGGCAGAGGAGAACCUGAAGGCCAUCAAAAUGCCAAAGACGUACAUGAUGAGCAGUGGCUAUAAGCCCGCCCCCUUGGAUCUGAACCAUGUCAAGCUGACGCCAAAUCAGAAUCAGCUGGUGGAGAAGCUGGCAGAGAACGGCCACAACGUGUGGGCGCGGGACCGCGUACGCCAAGGAUGGACCUACAGCAUUGUGCAGGACAUCUUGAACAAGCGUAACCCACGUCUGGUUCCGUAUAACCUGCUGGAUGAAAGAACCAAGAAGACCAACCGAGACAGUGUCAACAACGCCGUGCGCACUCUCAUCGGCUACGGAUACAACAUUGAACCUCCCGACCAGGAGAGCACUGGUCAUGGCCUGGAUGAUGUGAGGGGGGAUAAGGUGCGUAUCUUCCGUGCUGAGAAGUCCUACGCGGUGACGUCUGGGAAAUGGUACUUUGAGUUUGAGGCGGUGACCAUCGGAGAGAUGAGAGUGGGCUGGGCCCGCCCCAACGUCAGAGCUGACAACGAGCUGGGAGCAGAUGAGCUGGCCUGGGUCUUCAAUGGAAAAACUGCCCAGCGCUGGCACGUUGGUAACGAUCCAUUCGGCCGGCAGUGGCAGUCUGGCGAUGUGGUCGGCUGCAUGAUCGACCUGACGGAACAGAACAUAAUGUUUACACUGAAUGGAGAAAUGCUCAUCAGUGACUCCGGCUCAGAGAUGGCCUUUAAGGAUAUCGAUAUCGGAGAAGGCUUCCUCCCCGUGUGCACCCUGGGCCUGUCUCAGGUGGGCCGGAUCAACCUGGGCCAGAACGUAAGCAGCCUGCGCUACUUCGCCAUCUGCGGUCUCCAGGAGGGCUUUGAACCGUUCGCCAUUAACAUGAAGAGAGACAUUACCAUGUGGUUCAGCAAAAGCCUGCCGCAGUUCGCCCCCGUGCCAACUGCCCACCAGCAUAUUGAGGUGUCCCGUGUUGACGGGACAGUGGACAGCGCCCCUUGCCUGAAGCUGACCCACAAGACUUUCGGCUCCCAGAAUGCCAACACUGACAUGCUGUUCUUACGUCUAAGCAUGCCCGUGCAGUUUGAUGAGGUCUUCAAGAUCCAAGCUGGGACCACCCCUCUGACCCGUCUGCUGACUAUCCCCGAAGACGAAGUUCUGGAGGUGGAACCAGACUCAGAGUUUGAGGUCCUAAAGAAAUCAGCCAGUAAGAAGGAACAGGAGGAGAAAGAGAAGGAACCAUCUGUCGCCAAGGAGACCCCCGAGAUAGAGAAGGACACCGUCUCGGAGAAGGGCAAGAAGAAAGGGUUAUUCGCCCGGGCUAAGAAGGCGGCUACAAUCAACCCUCCCCCGACUCCUCCCCUGGUUCCCCGCUUGCAGGAGGACGUUGUCCCCGACGACAGAGACGACGUGGAGAUCAUUCAGAACACUACCACGUACUAUUACUCCGUCAGGAUAUUUGCUGGCCAGGAGCCCUCCGGGGUGUGGAUUGGCUGGGUAACCCCCGACUACCACAUGUACGACCCCAACUUUGACCUCACCAAGAUCCGGAGCGUCACUGUAACCGUGGGUGACGACAAGGGAAACAUACACAACAGUAUGAAGCAUAGUAACUGCUACAUGGUGUGGGGAGGAGACUUCAGCAGCAGCUCCCAGCAGGCUAGGUUCAGCCAGGAAGACACUGUGGUUGGAUGUCUGGUCGACCUGGCAACGGGCCUCAUGACCUUCACAGCCAAUGGGAAAGAGAUCAACACCUUCUACCAGGUGGAACCAAACACCAAGCUGUUUCCUGCUGUGUUCGUCCAGCCUUCCAAUCAGAACAUGGUGCAGUUGGAGCUGGGGAAACUCAAGAACAUCAUGCCCAUCUCUGCCGCCAUGUUCCGUAGUGAGCGUAAGAACCCGGUUCCCCAGUGUCCGCCCAGGCUGGACAUCCAGAUGUUGACCCCCGUCAUCUGGUCUCGCAUGCCCAACCACUUCCUGAACCCGGAGGUCGGCCGAGUCAGCGAGAGGCUGGGCUGGAUGGUGGAGUGUUCAGAACCCCUCACCAUGAUGGCCCUGCAUAUACCUGAGGAGAACAGGUGCAUUGACAUCCUGGAGCUGUCUGAACGCCUGGAUCUCCUGAAGUUCCACUUCCACACCUUGAUGUUGUACUGUGCCGUCUGUGCCCUGGGCAACAACCGCGUAGCACACGCCCUCUGCUCACACGUCGACGAAUCACAGCUCUUCUACGCCAUGGAGAACACCUACCUGCCUGGCCCCCUCCGCAGCGGGUUCUAUGACCUGCUCAUCUCCAUCCACCUGGAGUCUGCCAAGCGGGCACGGCUGGGUACCAACCGAGAGUUUAUUGUGCCGAUGACCAAGGAGACUCUGAGCAUUACCUUGUUCCCAGACGCAGAGAAGGGCUGCGACCUGCCAGGGGUUGGCCUCACCACCUGCCUCAGGCCCAAGUUGCACUUCUCCCCCAUCAACUUUGUUGGGACGGACCCGGACCUCUACACCCUCAGCCCUAUCUUCCCCCUGCAGGAGCUGAAGACCAAGGCCAUCAGCAUGUUGACAGAGGCGGUGUUGGAUGGAAGCCAGGCCAUGAGAGACCCAGUGGGGGGCAGCGUCGAGUUCCACUUCGUCCCCAUCCUGAAACUCAUCAGCACCCUCCUCAUCAUGGGAAUCUUCAACGACGAGGACGUCAAGCACAUCCUCAAGAUGAUCGACCCGAAUGUGUUCGCUGGCAAGAAAGACGAGGAGGACGGAGAGAAGGCGGAGGUGGCCAAUAAAGAGGAGGGGGAAGAAGUGAAGGAGAAAGAAGAGGGGGAGGAUGAAGAAGAGGCAGACGAUGAAGGUGUAGGGGAGGAGGACGAGGAGGACGAGGAACUGAAAGACCUGGAAAAAGAAGAGGGGGAGGAGGGAGAAGAGGGGGAGAAGGAACACAAGGAUGAGGAGAAAGAAAAAGAGGAGGAGAAAACGGAUGAGGCCAAGGAGGCGGAGGUGAUGGAGUUGGAGUUAGAGAAGGAGGAUGAAGAAGCUUUGGAGGAGGGUCUACUUCAGAUGAAGCUUCCAGAGUCUGUCAAACUGCAGAUGUGCACCCUGCUCCAGUACUUCUGUGACUGUGAGCUCAGGCACAGGGUGGAGGCCAUUGUGGCGUUCUCCGACCAGUUUGUCAACUCCAUUCAGACCAAUCAGAGAUAUCGCUACAACCAGCUGAUGCAGGCCUUCAGCAUGAGUGCUGCCGAAACAGCGCGCAGGACACGAGAGUUCCGCUCCCCGCCCCAAGACCAGGUGAUUCUGCUGACCAAUUUCAAGCACUGUCCAGAGGAGGAGGACUGUCCGGUCCCAGAAGAGACCCGAGAAACACUCAACAAAUUCCACAAUGAGAUCCUGUUACAUUGUGGUGUGCACAUCGAUGAGGAAGAGGAGGAAGAGGAAGUGGAUAACUCCGUGAGAGGUCGGCUGGGACGGCUUCUGGGAAAGUUGAAGAGCUUGAGGAAGAAGGAGGUGAUGGAGGAGCCCCAGGAUGAAGAGGAGGUCAAGCCAAGCACCCUGCAGGAGCUCAUAUCCCACACCAUGAUCCACUGGGCCCAGGAGUCAUUCAUCCAGAACCCAGAGCUGGUACGUCUGAUGUUCAGCCUGCUGCACCGGCAGUAUGACGGCCUGGGGGAGCUGACCCGAGCCCUGCCCAAAGCCUACGCCAUCAACGCUGUGUCCGUCCAGGACACCAUGGACCUGCUGGAGUGCCUGGGUCAGAUCCGAUCCCUGCUCAUCGUCCAGAUGGGCCCGGAGGAGGAGCGGCUCAUGAUCCAGAGCAUUGGGAACAUCAUGAACAACAAGGUGUUCUACCAGCACCCCAACCUGAUGAGAGCCCUGGGAAUGCAUGAGACCGUCAUGGAGGUGAUGGUGAACGUGCUGGGUGGAGGAGGAGGCGACUCCAAGGAGAUCCGCUUCCCCCAGAUGGUGACCAACUGCUGCCGCUUCCUGUGUUACUUCUGCCGUAUCAGCCGUCAGAACCAGCGGUCCAUGUUCGACCACCUCAGCUACCUGCUGCAGAACAGCGGCAUCGGACUGGGUAUGCGUGGCUCCACCCCUCUUGACGUUGCCGCUGCUUCCUGUAUCGACAACAAUGAGCUUGCCUUGGCUCUGCAGGAGCAGGACCUGGAGAAGGUGGUAACCUACCUGGCGGGCUGUGGACUGCAGAGCUGUCCCAUGCUUCUGUCUAAGGGUUACCCUGACAUUGGUUGGAACCCAUGUGGAGGAGAGAGAUAUCUGGACUUCCUUCGAUUUGCUGUCUUUGUCAACGGUGAGAGUGUGGAGGAGAAUGCCAAUGUGGUGGUGCGUCUGCUGAUUCGUCGGCCGGAGUGUUUUGGCCCCGCCCUGAGAGGUGAGGGGGGUGCGGGUCUGCUGGCGGCCAUAGAGGAGGCCAUCAAGAUCUCAGAGGACCCGGCCCGGGACGGACCUACCAUCAAGAAGGACAGACGCUUCCCCAUGUUUGGUGGUGAGGAGCAGCAGGAGGAGAACCGUGUUCAUCUCGGUAAUGCCAUCAUGUCCUUCUACUCUGCCCUCAUUGACCUGCUGGGGCGCUGUGCUCCUGAGAUGCAUUUGAUCCAGGCAGGUAAAGGUGAGGCUCUGAGGAUCCGAGCCAUCCUGAGAUCUCUGGUUCCAAUAGAAGACCUGGUGGGGGUGAUCAGCCUGUCUGUGCAGAUCCCUGCCUAUGGGAAAGAUGGUCACGUCAUUGAGCCUAAGAUGUCGGCCAGUUUCGUUCCGGACCACAAGGCCUCCAUGGUGUUAUUCUUGGACCGUGUCUAUGGUAUUGAAAACCAGGACUUCCUGCUUCAUGUUCUAGAGGUGGGCUUCCUGCCAGACAUGAGGGCCGCCGCAUCGCUGGACACUCUGGCAUUCAGCACUACAGAAAUGGCGCUGGCACUCAAUCGCUACCUGUGUUGUGCUGUGCUGCCCCUCAUCACGAAGUGUGCCCCUCUGUUCGCUGGCACCGACCAUCGCGCCAUCAUGAUUGACUCCAUGCUUCACACAAUCUAUGGGCUGUCCCGUGGGCGCGCUCUCACCAAGGCACAGAGAGAUGUCAUUGAGGAGUGCCUUAUGUCCCUGGUCAAAUACCUCAGACCUUCCAUGCUGCAGCACCUGCUGAGGAAGCUGGUAUUUGACGUGCCGAUCCUCAACGAGUUUGCCAAAAUGCCUCUGAAGCUCCUGACCAAUCACUAUGAGCGCUGUUGGAAGUACUACUGCCUGCCCAAUGGCUGGGCUAACUUUGGGUCAUCGUCAGAGGAGGAGCUGCACCUCUCACGGAAACUCUUCUGGGGAAUCUUUGAGUCUCUGGCACACAAGAAAUUUGAUGCGGAGCUAUUUAAGAUAGCCAUGCCAUGUAUCUGUGCCAUCGCCGGUGCCAUUCCUCCAGACUACGUGGACGCCAGCUAUUCCUCCAACACGGAGAAGAAGGCCUCGGUGGAUGCUGAGGGGAACUUUGACCCCAAGCCGGUGGAGACAACCAACACCAUCAUCCCAGAGAAGCUGGACGCCUUCAUCAACAAGUAUGCUGAACACACUCAUGACAAGUGGGCCUUCGAGAAGAUCCAGAACAACUGGUCAUACGGCGAGGUGCUGGACGAAAAUGCCAAGACCCACCCCAUGCUGCGUCCGUACAAGACUUUCUCAGAGAAAGACAAAGAGAUCUACCGCUGGCCCAUCAAGGAGUCCAUCAAAGCCAUGCUGGCCUGGGAGUGGACCUUGGAGAAGGCCAGGGAUGGGGAGGGGGACAAGGUGGAGGCAAAGACCAGCACGCGGAAGAUCUCCCAGACUGCUCAGGCGACCUAUGACCCCAGUCAUGGCUACAGCCCUCAGCCUGUGGACAUCACUGCCAUGGCACUGUCCAGAGAACUGCAGUCAAUGGCUGAGCAGUUGGCUGAGAAUUACCACAACACCUGGGGCCGGAAGAAGAAGCAAGAGCUUAUGGGAAAAGGGGGCGGCGCCCAUCCCCUCCUGGUGCCCUAUGACACCCUGACAGCCAAGGAGAAAGCCAGAGACAGAGAGAAGGCCCAGGACCUGCUGAAGUUCUUGCAGCUCAAUGGCUAUGCUGUGACCAGGGGCUUGAAGGACAUGGAGCAGGACAUCUCCUCCAUAGAGAAGCGGUUUGCCUAUGGUUUCCUCCAGAAGCUUCUCAAGUGGAUGGACAUUGCCCAGGAGUUCAUUGCCCAUCUAGAGGCUGUGGUUAGCAGUGGCAGAGUGGAAAAGUCUCCACAUGAGCAGGAGAUCAAGUUUUUUGCCAAGAUCCUCCUGCCGCUGGUCAACCAGUACUUCAAGAACCACUGCUUGUACUUCCUCUCCACGCCAGCCAAGUUGCUUGGCAGUGGAGGCCACUCGUCCAACAAGGAGAAGGAGAUGAUUGCCAGUAUCUUCUGUAAGUUGGCAGCUCUGGUGAGACACAGAGUAUCUCUCUUUGGAACGGAUGCUAGUGCAGUAGUAAACUGCCUGCACAUCCUGUCACGAUCUCUGGAUGCCAGGACAGUAAUGAAGUCUGGUCCUGAGAUUGUAAAGGCAGGACUGCGUCAGUUCUUUGAGAGUGCGGCAGAUGACAUUGAGAAGAUGGUGGAGAACCUGAAGCUGGGCAAAGUGUCCAGCAGGAACCAGGUGAAAGGCGUGUCCCAGAACAUCAACUACACCACAAUGGCCCUGCUUCCGGUCCUUACCACUCUAUUUGACCACAUCGCCCAGCACCAGUUUGGAGACGAUGUCAUCUUGGACGACCUUCAGAUCUCGUGUUACAGGAUCAUGUGUUCCAUCUACUCCCUGGGAACGGUCAAGACACCACACGCUGAGAAGCAGAGGCCGGCCCUGGGGGAGUGUCUGGCCAACCUGGCAGCUGCCAUGCCAGUGGCCUUCCUGGAGCCCGGCCUUAACGAGUACAACGCCUACUCAGUUUACACCACCAAGACGCCCAGAGAGAGAGGCAUCUUGGGCCUGCCCAAUCAAGUGGAGGAGUUGUGCACUGACAUUCCGGAGCUUGACAUCCUGAUGAAGGAGAUCGGGCACCUGGCUGAGUCCGGGGCCCGUUACACCGAGAUGCCCCAUGUCAUCGAGAUCACCCUGCCCAUGCUGUGCAGCUACCUGCCGCGCUGGUGGGAGAGGGGGCCGGAGAACCACCCCGAGCUGGAGGGGCAGAUUUGUACCGACGUCACCUCGGAGCAACUCAACCAGCUGCUCGGCAGCAUCAUGAAGAUAGUGGUCAACAAUCUAGGGAUAGACGAAGCCUCCUGGAUGAAACGACUGGCAGUGUUCGCCCAGCCCAUCGUGAGCAGGGCCAGGCCGGAGAUGCUGAAGUCCCAUUUCAUCCCCACCAUGGAGAAGCUGAAGAAGCGCAGCGGGAAGGUGGUGGCGGAGGAGGAACAGCUGAGGAUGGAGGGGAAGUCGGAGGUGGACAGUGAGGAAGGCACCAUCAGGGAUGAGUUUGCUGUUCUCUGUAGGGACCUGUACGCUCUCUACCCCCUGCUGAUCAGAUACGUGGACAACAACAGAGCUCGAUGGUUGACCUGUCCUGACCCAGAUGCUGAGGAGCUCUUCAGGAUGGUGGGAGAAGUGUUCAUCUUCUGGUCCAAGUCUCACAACUUCAAGCGUGAGGAGCAGAACUUUGUGGUGAUGAAUGAGAUCAACAACAUGUCUUUCCUGACAGCCGACAGUAAAAGCAAAAUGAGCAAGUCCGGAGGGGAUGAGGCUGGAGGUUCUGAUGUGGAACGUACCAAGAAAAAGAGAAGGGGGGACCGGUACUCAGUGCAGACGUCUUUAAUUGUUGCAGCACUGAAGAAAAUGCUUCCUAUUGGCCUCAACAUGUGUUCACCUGCUGACCAGGAACUGAUUAAUUUGGCCAAGAUACGUUACAGCCUGAAAGACACAGAUGAAGAGGUGAGAGAGUAUCUACAGAACAACAUGCACCAGCAGGGAAAGGUGGAUGACCCUUCAAUGCGCUGGCAGAUGGCGCUCUAUAAGGAGACAUCCGGCAAAGCAGAGGACGCCGAGGACCCGGAGAAGGUUGUCAAGAGAGUUCAGGAGGUCUCCGCUGUCCUCUACCACAUUGAGGUGACGGAGCACCCGUUCAAGUCCAAGAAAAUGGUUUGGCACAAGCUGCUGUCCAAACAACGCCGCAAAGCUGUGGUUGCCUGCUUCAGAAUGAGCCCCCUCUAUAACAUCCCCAGGCACCGGGGAUCCAACAUGUUCCUGAAUGGCUACAAGAGGAACUGGUUACAGAAUGAAGGAUACCAGUUUGAGGACCGCAUGAUUGACGACUUGUCUAAAGCCAUGGAGGAGGAGGAUCUUGGAGAGGAAGGAGAGGAGGAGAAGGAAACCAAACCUGACCCUCUUCAUCAACUCAUCCUUCACUUCAGCCGAACUGCUCUCACAGAAAAGAGUAAACUGGAAGUCGACUACUUAUACAUGGCGUAUGCUGAUAUUAUGGCAAAGAGUUGCCACAUCGGUGAGGAGGACGAGGGAGGUGAGGAUGGGGAGGAACAGGCCUUUGAGGUGACCCAGACUGAGAUGGAGAAGGAGAUGGAGAAGCAGAGGCUUUUGUACCAGCAGUCCCGUCUUCACAACAGAGGAGCUGCAGAGAUGGUGCUGCAGAUGAUCAGUGCCUGCAGAGGUGAGACAGGCGCCAUGGUCUCAUCCACCCUGAAGCUGGGCAUCUCCAUCCUCAACACAGGAAACUGUGAUGUUCAGCAGAGGAUGCUGGACUACCUGAAGGAUAAGAAGGAUGUUGGUUUUUUCCUGAGUGUUCAGGCUCUGAUGCAGACCUGCAGCGUUCUGGACCUGAAUGCCUUUGAGAGGCAGAAUAAGGCAGAGGGGCUUGGCAUGGUGUCUGAGGAGGGUACAAAUAUGAAGCUAGAACGUGAUGAGAAGGUGAUGGCGGACGAUGAGUUCACCUGUGACCUGUUCCGGUUCCUGCAGCUGCUCUGUGAAGGACACAACAAUGAUUUCCAGAACUACCUGAGAACACAGACGGGCAGCACCACCACCAUCAAUGUCAUCAUCUGCACCGUGGACUACCUGCUCAGACUGCAGGAGUCUAUUAGUGACUUCUACUGGUACUACUCUGGAAAGGAUAUCAUUGAUGAGCCAGGCAAGAGGAACUUCUCCAAAGCUAUGACAGUGGCUAAGCAGGUCUUCAACAGUCUGACUGAGUACAUCCAGGGUCCGUGCACAGGGAACCAGCAGUCUCUAGCCCACAGCAGGUUGUGGGACGCAGUAGUCGGUUUCCUGCACGUCUUUGCCCACAUGAUGAUGAAGCUGGCUCAGAUGCCAGCUGACCCCGGACUGCGACUUGGCGACCGAUUCUGGAGUAGAACCCACUACGAGGACUCCAGUCAGAUUGGUUUACUGAAGGAGCUCCUGGACCUACAGAAGGACAUGGUGGUGAUGCUGCUAUCUCUGCUGGAAGGCAACGUGGUGAAUGGCACCAUCGCCCGUCAGAUGGUGGACAUGCUGGUGGAGUCCUCCAGCAACGUGGAGAUGAUCCUCAAGUUCUUUGACAUGUUCCUCAAGCUGAAGGACAUCACCGGGUCGGACGCCUUCCGAGACUAUGUGACGGACCCCCGUGGCCUUAUCUCCAAGAAGGACUUCUACAAGGCCAUGGACAGCCAAAAGCAGUAUUCCCCAUCUGAGAUCCAGUUCCUGCUGUCGUGCUCCGAGGCCGACGAGAAUGAGAUGAUAAACUACGAGGAGUUUGCCGACCGCUUCCAGGAGCCGGCCAAAGACAUUGGCUUCAACAUUGCCGUGCUUCUCACCAACCUGUCUGAGCACGUCCCCCACGACACGCGACUGCAGAACUUCCUGGAGCAGGCUGAGAGUGUCCUGAACUACUUUAGACCCUUCCUCGGCCGGAUCGAGAUCAUGGGCGCCAGCAGGAAGAUCGAGAGGAUCUACUUUGAGAUCAGCGAGGCCAAUAGGAACCAGUGGGAGAUGCCCCAAGUCAGAGAGUCCAAGAGGCAGUUCAUCUUCGACGUGGUCAACGAGGGAGGGGAGAGCGAGAAGAUGGAGCUGUUUGUCAACUUCUGUGAGGACACCAUUUUUGAGAUGAACAUCGCUUCGCAGAUCUCUGAGGUGGAGGAGGGGGAGCCAGUGGAAUCAGAGGACGAAGAGGAAGCAGCAGGCGGAGAAGGAGGUGGAGAGCUUGAUGAAAACGGGGAAGAGAUGCCUGCCGAGAGCUCCGUCUUCGCCGAUUUCCUGACCAGCGUGGUGAACUUCUUCAACAUGUUCACCUUCAAAAACCUGCGGAGGCGCUACCGCAUGCUGAGGAAGAUGACGCUGAAGGAGAUGGUGGUGGGCUUGGCCACGUUUGUCUACACCAUCUUGUUUGGCAUCCUCACCUUCAUUUAUGGCAUAUGUAAGGGCUUCUUCAUGCUAAUCUGGAGCACCCUGUUCGGAGGGGAGCUGGUGGAGGGAGCCAAGAAGAUCACGGUGACCGAGCUACUGGCCAGCAUGCCGGACCCGACACAAGACGAGGUGCACGACGAACUUCCGCCUGAGCCAGGCGCGGAGGAGGGCCAGCAGAGAGUGGACGGGGGAGGGGAAAACCUGGACGUGGGAGGAGGAGAGGAAGGAGAGGAGGGAGGAGAUGGUGAGGAGAAGGAGGGAGGAAGGAUGCCUGGGUUCGACACCCCUGGGGGCCUGGGAGACUUCGGGGAAACGACCACUGUAGAACCACCCACUCCAGAGGGAACUCCACUGCUGAAGAGAAAACUGUUGGAAGCAACGUUCGGAGAGGGGGAGCAAGAAGGAGAAGCUGCAGAAGCAAAACCAGAGGAGGUGGCUCCCCCAGUGGAGGAGAAAGCAGACACUGAGAAUGGAGAAAAGGCAGAGAAAGAAGCUGAGCCAGGUGAAAAGAUGGAAGAACCAGAAGUGAAGGAGGAGAAAGUGAAAACCAAGGUGAAAAAGGACAAGAAAUCAGCAGAGGAAGGAUAUGAGCUGUGGAACGAGCUGGAGGUCCAGAGGAUCAAAUUUAUGAACUAUCUUUCUCGUAACUUCUACAACCUGCGUUUUCUGGCCCUGUUCAUAGCCUUCGCCCUCAACUUCAUCCUGCUCUUCUACAAGGUUGGAUAUGAUGUGGAGGAGGGGUCUGAGGACAUCGAGGGCUCCGCCCUGUUCGAGGGUUCUGGGUUGUUCGAGGGUUCUGGAGCCGUGGACGAGGGUGGUUCUGGGAUUGAUCCAUUCGACGAUGGCGGUGACGAUGAUGGUGGUGAUGACGAAGGCGAUGAGGAAGGCCCGUUUUUCUUCUACUUGGAGGAGAACACAGGCUACAUGCAGCCCUGCCUGUCCAUCUUGGCCAUUAUACACACUGUCAUUUCCUUCCUGUGUAUCAUCGGAUAUAACUGCCUCAAGGUACCCCUGGUGAUCUUUAAGAGGGAGAAGGAGCUGGCCCGGAAAAUGGAGUUCGAUGGUCUCUAUGUCACUGAGCAGCCAGAAGACGAUGACAUCAAAGGACAGUGGGACCGACUGGUGCUCAACACCCCGUCUUUCCCUAACAACUACUGGGACAAGUUCGUGAAGACGAAGGUGCUGGCUAAGUAUGGUGACAUCUACGGCAGGGAGAGGAUCGCCGAGCUGCUUGGUAUGGACCUGGCUUCUCUGGACGUCAGUGUCAUGACGCACGAGAAGAAACCAGAACCAGAGAGCGGCUUGUUAAGCUGGAUUUUCUCCAUUGACAUCAAAUACCAAAUUUGGAAGUUUGGGGUGGUGUUCACCGACAAUACCUUCCUGUAUCUGGUGUGGUACCUGGUCAUGUCUCUGCUCGGACACUUCAACAACUUCUUCUUUGCCGCCCACCUGAUGGACAUCGCCGUCGGUGUGAAGGAUCUGCGCACCAUCCUGUCCUCCGUCACGCACAACGGCAAACAGCUGAUGAUGACCGUGGGUUUACUGGCUGUGGUGGUGUAUCUCUACACCGUUGUGGCUUUCAACUUCUUCAGGAAGUUCUAUAAUAUGAGCGAGGAUGAGGAUGAACCGGACAUGAAGUGCGAUGACAUGAUGACCUGUUAUCUAUUCCAUAUGUACGUGGGUGUUCGUGCGGGCGGGGGUAUUGGGGAUGAAAUCGAGGACCCGGCUGGUGACGAGUAUGAGCUCUAUCGUGUCGUCUUUGACAUCACCUUCUUCUUCUUUGUCAUCGUCAUCCUGCUGGCUAUCAUCCAGGGUCUGAUCAUUGAUGCGUUUGGAGAACUGAGAGACCAACAGGAGCAGGUCAGAGAGAACAUGGAGACCCAGUGCUUCAUCUGUGGCAUCGGCAGUGACUACUUUGACACCACUCCGCACGGCUUCGAGACGCACACCUUGGAGGAGCAUAAUUUAGCCAACUACAUGUUCUUCCUGAUGUACCUAAUCAAUAAAGAUGAAACAGAGCACACGGGACAGGAGUCGUAUGUCUGGAAGAUGUACCAGGAGAGAUGCUGGGACUUCUUCCCGGCUGGAGACUGUUUCAGGAAGCAGUACGAGGACCAGCUGGGAUAGUGGGAUACUUCCUGUUUGGCUGUACCAGGAGAGAGGGGAGGGAGAGAACAGGAGGGCAACAGAGAGAGAGAGAGAGAGAGAGAGAGAGAGGAGUGGGGGAGAGAGGCAGAAGUCAUGGAACAAUCGUAGCUCUUGGGAGUGGCAAGACUAGUGUGUGUGUAAAGGUUGUUGCUCGGUCGCAUUUCUGUGUGAUCUCCUGUCUUGACACUUCAGCAUCAACAUUCUGAGAGACUGAACACGUGCGAGAUCGAAAGGGACAGUAUCAUCAGAGGAGAAAGAACAAGUCCAAAGGGCUUUAACCUGUAAAUACACUUCAUGGCCUUUUUCGGUGUGAAAUAUUGAUUGAUACAUGCCGUCUAGACACUUUCAUCAUUGAUUAAGUUUAGACACAAACACAGCCCUGCCUCUUUCUGUCACCAGGUGUCGCUGUUGAGCCAAACACAUUUUAGUGCCUAACUGAUAGUAAACAAACUUGCUUCAAUGUCUUAAAUUUUGCCCCUGUCCUUAAUAUAAUCAUCAUCACUCUUAUUUGAAAAUGUAUUAGUAUAUAUGCUAUUCAUGUCCUAAUUUGCUAUUUCUGUAAUAGGAAGUGUGUUGUCCCCUCUGUUUGAUUAUGAUCAGUAGGGAACAGCAUAUUCUAGCAGUGCCUCUUCUGUCCAUGAUGGGGCAAUCACACACCCAAUGUCUCUUUCUCUCUCUCUCUCUCUCUCUCUCUCUCUCUCUCUCUCUCUCUGAUUCUAUAAUUCUCUGGAGAUUUAAUAACUGAUGUUGACAUAUACACUGUCCGAAACAUUGAGGUGCAUGCUGGGGAGUUAAACACAGAUUGUCCGUCUUCUGGACAACUGAAUGACCUUUGACAAACCAGUUUUUGCACUCUUGAGUCAUACAAUAUGUUCCUUCCUAUGUGUUAUUUGACAGUGUUCCUAUUGGCUAUCACAGAUCACACAGUGUUCCUAUUGGCUAGAACAGAUCAUACAGUGUUCCUAAUGGCUACCACAGAUCACACAGUGUUCUUAUUGGCUACCACAUUGGUGUAGAGGAGGAUGUCUGGGUUACUUGCCUAAUACUCAUGCAUUCCUCUAACUCUUCUAGACAAACUCUUCUAAUGACAACAUUUGUAGGCCAGUUAAACUGAGGCUGGGCAGGAGUGUUCUUUACCAUAUUCAUGCACGCAUUAGUAGGGCUAAUUCAGUGCAUAGAAAAGUAUCGAAUGUAUUUAUUUAUGUCCACUCUACAUUGCGGCCAGUGUCGCAAUGAAUUAACCAAUUACAUAUUUUAUCAACAUGAAUAAACAACAUAAAUAUAUAUUUUUGUUUUAGAGAUUUGAAUUAUUCAAGAUGGUCUUCACUGCUUCAUUCGAGGUGAAUAAUACAUCAUUGAAUGUGUACUUUGUUUUUCAAAUGGUUAACGGCUUGAAAGACUGCUGAAAGGAAACGAAGUGUGUCCAGAUUGCAGUCAGAAGUAACAGUUUUUUGUUUGUGUUAGAUUUGUAAGACAGUUACUUUUAGGACAUCUCUAUUAUUUAGUUUUUCUCUCUAACUAAAAUGACACGCGUGAUUGUUGAAACUCAACCCUAACGCCGUCGAGUAGGAAUACACCAUGCGUGCUAACAAAACGCUGUAAUUGGUGUCAAGUGAACACGACUUCUCACACACACUGACACACCAUAUCUCCAUGGUGAUUUUAGUACUACCUUCAUUUGACGGGUGUGUCUGGAGAAGGAUGUUUCAUAGUUUGCUGACCAUUUAAAGUGUAAAGUACAUGAAUUCACAGCAAUGGAUGUACAGUACAGCGUUCAUUGGAGGCCCUUGGUUAUGUAGAGAGCUGAAUGGAGAUUUCCUACAGGUGGAGGAUUUCAAUUUGUGCCAAUUUGCAACACCAGGAAAAUAAUCCUACAGCAACAUGGAAUUAUGUGGAUUAGUGGAUAAUUAACAUUUCUGUAGGUGUUUGUGCAUUUAUUUCAUAAGGAAAAAUUAAGUCUGAAAUUUCUAUGUGGAAAUUACAAACUUUUGAAGCCUUUUUAAAUCAAAACAUGAAAGUUAUAGGCUUCUGCACAAAGUUGAUCGAGUUAAGAUCCUACAUCUGUAUUUAAUUUAAUAGUGUUGUUCUCUGACUGAAUCCUGUGUUUCAAUACAAGACUAAUUAAAAAAAGUAUUUUAAGAUGA